GUGAUAAAGAUUCAGUUCCCCAGGAAAAACGCUUAGAACGGCACCGCCCCCAUGUUCUUCUAGUCUCUUCGAAGCUCAGCAAACACUCUUCUUUCUUCUCCUUUUUCUCCUUUGCUGAUAACGAGGCCAUAGUAGAUUGUUGGGACCAUUCGUUUCUUGAGUUUUUACAGAGAGAUUUGGCUGUAUUUCGCGUUGCUUCGAGUUCAAAGUGGAGGGUUCACUGAGAUUUCGUUCAUCUCUUCGAUCGGAGGGCUCUCGUUACGGCUCUAUUCCGCUCCUUGCUUCCUCCUUUACUGCUUCGCAGUGAAUAGCCGUGAAAGUUGUUCUGGUUUGGCUUGUUUAUAAGACCGAAUGUCUGAAAAGAAGCUCUGUUGUUUAUGCCGCUGCUAGAUGGCGACGUUUGCAGAUAUAGGGCUUGCAGCUGCUAUUAACAUUCUUACUGCGCUUAUAUUCCUUGUUGCAUUCGCAAUUAUACGCCUUCAGCCCGUUAACGAUAGAGUCUAUUUCCCGAAAUGGUAUCUCAAGGGGUUGAGAGAUAGCCCCACGCACUCUGGGGCGUUGUUAAAGAGGUUUGUCAAUUUGGAUUGGAGAGCUUACGUGAGGUUUCUGAAUUGGGUGCCCGAUGCACUUAGAAUGCCCGAACCCGAGCUUAUUGAACAUGCUGGACUUGACUCUGCGGUAUAUUUGAGGAUUUACUUGCUAGGGCUUAAGAUUUUUGUUCCUUUGGCAUUGCUCUCAUGGUCUAUCCUCGUACCUGUUAACUGGACCAAUAACACCUUGAAUCGAUCGGAUUUAACCCACAGUGACAUUGAUAAGCUCUCUAUUUCUAACGUUCCACUUGGAUCACCCAGGUUUUGGACUCAUAUAGUAAUGGCAUAUGCUUUUACGUUUUGGACAUGCUAUGUUCUUCGAAUGGAGUAUAAAAAAGUUGCGGAUAUGCGUCUCCAGUUUCUAGCUUUGCAAGGGCGCCGCCCUGAUCAAUUUACGGUCCUUGUGAGGAAUGUUCCCCCAGACCCUGAUGAAUCAGUCAGUGAAGCGGUGGAGCAUUUUUUCCUGGUUAAUCAUCAAGAUAAUUAUUUAACGAAUCAGGUUGUAUACAAUGCAAACAAACUUGCGAAAUUGGUCGAGCAAAAGAAAAGUAAUCAAAAUUGGCUAGAUUAUUACCAGUUAAAAUAUUUGAGAGGGAAUCAAUCGAAACGCCCCAGAAUGAAGACUGGUUUUCUUGGCCUCUGUGGGCAGAAAGUGGAUGCAAUCGAUCAUCAAAUUGCUGAGAUUGAAAGAUUAUCGAAAGAAAUUGAGGAGGAAAGAGAUCGGGUUAAAAACGAUGCAAAAGCUAUCAUGCCGGUAGCAUUUGUCUCCUUUAAAACUCGAUGGGCGGCCGCGGUUUGUGCGCAAACACAACAAUCCCGGAACCCGACAUUGUGGCUGACAGAGUGGGCCCCAGAGCCACGUGAUGUAUACUGGGAAAACCUGGCGAUUCCCUAUGUUUCACUGACGAUUAGGAAGCUCAUAAUCGGAGUUGCCUUCUUUUUCCUCACGUUCUUUUUCAUGAUUCCAAUCACGUUUGUCCAAUCUCUCGCUAAUAUCGAAGGAAUCAGGAAAAAGUUACCAUUUUUGAAGGAAAUCAUCGACACACCUUUCGUCAAGUCAUUCAUUCAAGGUUUUCUCCCCGGGAUUAUUUUAAAGAUUUUCCUCAUACUUCUACCGACUAUAUUGAUGCUGAUGUCCAAAUUUGAAGGCUUUACGAGCAAAUCAUCUUUAGAGCGAAGAUCCGCGUCCCGAUAUUAUAUUUUCAACUUCGUGAAUGUUUUUCUUGGUAGCGUAAUUGCUGGAGCUGCGUUUGAACAAUUAAACAGUUUCAUCCAUCAAUCCGCAGACGAGAUCCCUAAAACCAUUGGUGCUGCGAUCCCGAUGAAAGCGACUUUUUUCAUAACCUAUAUAAUGGUUGACGGGUGGACUGGAAUUGCCGGGGAGGUCUUGAGGUUGAAAGCGUUGAUACUCUUCCAUCUGAAGAAUAGUUUUUUGGUUAAGACCGAAAAGGAUCGGGAGGAUGCGAUGAAUCCCGGGAGCCUUUGUUUCAAUUUUAACGAACCUCGAAUACAAUUAUACUUCCUAUUAGGCCUCGUCUAUGCUGCUGUCACGCCUAUCCUUCUUCCCUUCAUUCUCGUAUUCUUUGCCUUCGCAUACGUCGUGUUUCGGCAUCAGAUUAUAAAUGUAUACAACCAAGAGUAUGAAAGUGCGGCAGCGUUCUGGCCUGAUGUCCACGGAAGGAUCAUAUUCGCGUUAAUCUUCUCGCAGGUCUCGACAUUGGGAUUGUUAAGCACAAAACACGCUGCUCAGUCUGCUCCAUUCCUCAUCGUCCUUCCGGUAUUAACCAUCACGUUCCAUUUGUACUGCAAAGGGCGCUACGAAUCUGCUUUUACCAAACAUCCACUACAGGAAGCCAAGAUGAAAGACACUUUAGAACAAGCAAGGGAACCGAACUUCAACCUAAAACCGUACCUUCAAGACGCAUAUAUCCAUCCCGUUUUCAAAGGCAACGAGGACGAGUAUGACUACGACGGCAUCAGCGAAAAGGCGGACGAAGAGAACGUGCUGGUCCAAACGAAACGUCAGUCUCGGAAAAACACCCCAGCUCCCAGCAAAGGCAGCGGUGGCUCCUCGCCAUCGUUUCGGGUGGAGGUGAUUCAUGAAAAGGAAAAACCUUGAUCUUUUUAUAUACACUGCAAAAUGUGAUAUACUAGGUACCACCGCCAUGUAAAUUAUAGCAAGAGCUUUUCUUUCAAAAUUUUGUGUGUAUAAUCAUGUAGUUGCAGGUUCACCAUGUGGAGACUUUUUUCCCUACUGGUUCACCAACUGGAAAGGCAUAAUUCAUCAAUGGGAAGUGUGUGAUUCAUUCUUUUACUCUGUU